UUGCUUGAAACAGUCGGCCAGACUUUGGAAAAGACCUAUCGCGGUGGACAUACUAUUCCUCCCGACACUCAAGUAAGAGUCAAAUGUACUUUACAUCAUUAUUUAAUGUACUAGUCGGUACGAAAUCGAACGGGAAAUACGGUGUACAUAGGUAUGUAUGAAAUCAACAUCCGGUUGACCUUCACCGUCACUGAGCAAAAUGCAAAUACGUUUGGGAUAAAUGCAGCUAAGUUUUCCAUCUUAGAUACGUUUCUUUCUGAUAGUUUGGGCAUUCAUAAUGUAGAUAUACAGCCCCUUUAUUGAAUUAUCUCGUCAUUUGCUGUUUAAUUCGCUAAAUUGUAUGUUAAUGGACAAUUCUAUGGAUAUUGGACAUCACAAUCUGUCAGACCCAGUUGUCAUUUUUAAUGUUGACAUAUCUGUUCUAUUUGAAAAGUGGUAGGAAGUGUUAAGUCUUAACAGUACUCAACAUGAAAACCAAAUAUGCUUCUGUCAUAUCAUUGGAGGUAUAUUAGGUGUUAUGAAAUGGGUGCCUAUAGCCUAUAGGUUUCAUGUACAAUGUAGAGUAAGCCGGAGAUUCAAGUAAAACUUUAUCAUUUCAUCAUCAUUUAAGAGAAUACAUGGUUCUUGAAUUAACCCCAGUGAAUACUCUGAAUGUAAAUGUUUGCGUGUUAUUCUCAUAUUAACAUUGAGAAAUUAUUUCAGGUUCUUGUUGGUCUCCGGUGCCUGGCAAAAGGUGCCUUUUUUUCGGAGGUUGCUGACACACACGGAGUGAGCAGAUCGAGUGUCUGCAGAAUUAUCCAUGGAUUUGUCGAUGCUGUAAUCAACAACGUUGACAAUAUCAAGUUUCCUGUUCAGAGGGAUGACCAGAUGUCAGUGAAGAGGGGUUUCUACAGGAAGUGUAAAUUCCCAAACAUUGUAGGUGCUGUUGAUGGUACUUUAGUACCGAUUCUGGCCCCAACAGCAAAUGAAGAGUCAUUCGUAUGCCGUAAGGGGUUUCAUGCCAUCAAUUGCCAAGCAGUGGCUUCCUCAGACUUGAGAUUCAUUGACAUAGUGGCAAAGUGGCCUGGUUCCUCACAUGAUGCUGGUGUUUUUGACAAUUCGGUGUUAAAGGACUAUCUAGAAGCAGACUUGGAGGCUGUACUACUAGGCGACAGUGGGUACCCGCUGAGGCGUUAUUUAAUUACUCCUAUUCUGCACCCAUCAAAUGAGAGGUACAACAGACGCCACAAGACUGCAAGAGAAGUUGUUGAGAGGGCUUUUGGUGUUUUGAAGUCAAGAUUUAGAUGCCUACACAGAUCGGGGGGUGUGUUGCCAUUUUCACCAGGAAAGAGCUGUCGGGUUUUUUUAGCCUGCUGUAAACUACACAAUCUGUGUAUUGACAACAAUAUGCCACUUCCUGAUGCUAUUGUUUGUGCAGAUGACCAGGGCAUUCAACAAAAUCAGGAGGCCACAAGACCCGGACUAACCACAAGGGCACAGUACAUUCAGCUGCCAUAGCUUUACAAGAUAGUGUGAACAUUCCUUUCAAUUUUGUCUAUCAUCCAUAAACAAUCUUCUCAUUAUAAGACUGCAUAAGUUUUCAUAUGCAAAUAGAUCACAUCAAGGAUAAGAACAGUGCACAAGAACCAUUCACAUGUUUGCAUAAUUUUUAAUUUAUCGGCCUUUCUUUUUUUAUUCAUACUUAUUUUUUGUCUGGAGCAGAACUUUUUUAUGCAUUGACUGGAAUUUUCCUACACAGAUGGGGAAGUGGUGGACUGCACAAUAACCAUUACUCUGGCUGGCGUAUUUUUAAUCUAUAGAUAUUAAUUGUUGAUAUUAAUUGUUGGCUUUUUAUAUUACAAAGUCCAUAAUUUUUUUGCAGUAUAAUACAUUUUAAAAACAUCAUAUCCAGAAAGAUGUCAUGGUGUAGUCCACAAGAACCAUAACUCUGGCUGCAAUAUUUGUUGUUGUUUUUUAGAAGUGCACAAUGCACAAGAACUGUUUCUCUUGACAAAGUUAGAUAUUUGACAGUAAAUUUUGAGGCCUUUGAUUAUUCUAUUAAAAGCUGCACUCUCAUUUUUAGGUUGUGUUUAUUAUAUAGAAAUUUAAAUGAUCAUCAAACUAUCUUUUUGUGCCUGCUGUGCCUUGUUCUCUUGCAUUAAUGUGUCCUUAUUUUUCUAAUUUUGAAACUCAAUUUAUUGUUAUUGAUAGACCAUUUAAUAGUAUUGCUCAUAAUAAAUGUGUAAAAACAGAAA